GUAGUUGAUCAUUCAAAGACAAAUAAAUGAAAAAUUAGAUUGUAUAUUUCUUCAGAAAAAAAUCCCAAAGAAGCAUUAAGAAUGAAUCGACAUUUAAAAAAUAUUCAAAAACAUAACGAAUCGUGAUUGAAUUCUUUGGUAUCCAUAUGUCCAUCAACGCAGUCUGCGUGUACAUCCCAGCGUGGUUUGGCGUGGUGGCAACACUCUUGAACGCGCUGAUCACAUAUGAAAUAUCCGGUUCCCUCCUGGCGGUGGCGGUGGCGGCAUACACCUUCUCCAUGGUUCCAGCGCACACAAUGCGGUCCAUGGCGGGUGAAUUCGACAAUGAGUGUAUCGCCGUGGCGGCUAUGUUGUUGUGUUUCCACUUGUGGAUCCGAUCGCUGCGCAACGCGCGGUCGUGGCCAGUGGGGCUGGUGACAGAAUUGGAGUCUGGUAUCCGUCUCUCAGGUCUUUAAUUUGUUUUUAUUGUUCCUUAAAUACUGAAAUUACCAUAACUCUUUUAUUCGUGUGAAGAAAAUAUUCAAUGUUCUCAAA